GCUCGUACGGCGGGUGCGGAAACGCCACGGAAAGCGUGCGGGCGCGGGUAGGCAUCAUGCCGCUGGAGCUGGAGCUGUGUCCCGGGCGCUGGGUGGGUGGGCAGCACCCGUGCUUCAUCAUCGCGGAGAUCGGCCAGAACCACCAGGGCGACCUGGACGUGGCCAAACGCAUGAUCCGCACGGCCAAGGAAUGUGGGGCUGACUGCGCUAAGUUUCAGAAGAGUGAGUUGGAGUUCAAGUUUAACCGGAAGGCCCUGGAGAGACCAUAUACUUCGAAGCAUUCGUGGGGGUCGACAUAUGGGGAGCAUAAACGGCACCUAGAAUUCAGCCACGCCCAGUACAAGGAGCUGCAGCGCUAUGCGCAGGAGAUUGGCAUCUUCUUCACUGCCUCCGGCAUGGACGAGAUGGCGGUUGAGUUUCUGCAUGAACUGAAUGUUCCAUUUUUUAAAGUUGGAUCUGGCGACACUAACAAUUUUCCUUAUCUGGAGAAGACAGCCAAGAAAGGUCGUCCUAUGGUGAUCUCCAGUGGGAUGCAGUCAAUGGACACCAUGAAGCAGGUCUAUCGGCUCGUGAAACCCCUCAACCCCAACUUCUGCUUCCUGCAGUGCACCAGCGCCUACCCGCUGCAGCCGGAGGAUGCCAACCUGCGCGUCAUCUCGGAAUACCAGAAACUCUUUCCCGACAUUCCCAUAGGGUAUUCUGGACAUGAGACAGGCAUCGCCAUAUCUGUGGCUGCAGUGGCUCUGGGGGCCAAGGUGUUGGAACGUCACAUAACUUUGGACAAAACUUGGAAGGGGAGCGACCACUCAGCUUCGCUGGAGCCUGGCGAACUGGCAGAGCUGGUGCGCUCUGUGCGCCUGGUGGAGCGGGCAUUGGGCUCUCCAACCAAGCAGCUGCUGCCCUGUGAGAUGGCCUGUAAUGAGAAGCUGGGCAAGUCUGUGGUGGCCAAAGUGAGAAUCCCAGAAGGCACCGUUCUGACCCUGGACAUGCUCACUGUGAAGGUGGGGGAGCCCAAAGGCUAUCCUCCUGAAGACAUCUUCAACCUAGUGGGCAAGAAGGUGCUGGUCACUGUUGAAGAAGAUGAUACAAUCAUGGAAGACUCUGUGGAAAGUCACAGCAAGAAAAUCAAGUCUUAAAGUGCCACCCCCGGCUUCUCAGCCGCCCUGCUGUGACUGUCUGGUGUGCUGGGUGCAGGGGGCAGGCGUGUUGACCUCCAGGCCUCCCUGUCACAGUGGCCACCUGUGUCCAGCCCAUCGGAAAGGAAGAGCCAAUGAGGCCAUUCUGCUUUGAGGUGUCCAGCCAGAGAAGGCGGCCCAGAGUAAAAUUAGCUCCUUUAGGUUUUCUGUGUGGCUCUGCUGUCUUAAUCCUUCAUGUUCCCACCCUACAAAGCAACUCCAGGAAGCUGAGGUCUUGAUUCCUCACAGACAGCUGACUUCCCUCCUACCCCUCCGGGCCUGGGUUCCUCACAGUACUGAACAGUGGUCCCUUUGCAUUAGACUGUCUGAGGCCCUGUGGGCAGAGGCAAGCACUCCUGUCUCUGUGAGUAAAGGUUGGGAGGAGCAGUUGAUUUCCCUUUGGCAAAUCCUCAGGGUAUGCUCGGUGUCAGCUACCACCAGAGGCCUAGGGACAUGGCUCUAAGCAGCCAGUCCCUUCUCAGAGGGCUUGUCCUCAGAUGAGGCAGGUGCACGCUAACCCAUGGGACCGCUGGUCAGUGAGGCAGCUGUGAGGAGGGAAUGUGAAGCAGGGAAGAACACAGUCUGAAUAAGGGGGUGGCACGUGGGGUGUGGAGCUUGCACCUCUUCAGUGUGAAGGGGAAUGCAGAAAUCAUCCCUGCCAUAAUCACCAGAGUGUCUUGUCACAUAUGACAGAUUACAAACCCAGACACAAAGACUCCAUUGUUCAACUUCUUCAAGCUGCAUGAACUUUUUAUAGAGGUUCAUUGUCACAUUUCACUUUGUUCUUUGGAUCAAUGCUGAGAUUAAUCAUUUUGUUCUUUUCAAAUA